AGCGGGCGUGUCUCUUCUAUUGAUAUAACUCAUUGCUGCACAGUUUUUCCAGCUGUUUUUAAGUCAGUGUUCUCAUGCCGGUCAUAUGACCGCUUUCGAGUAGCAGCGUAAAAAACAACAGCGGCUCAGGUUGUUUUAGUUACACCGGCAGAGAAGGAGAAUGUGCCUUCACUUCCAGACAAGUACAUGAAGAGUCGUGUUUCAAGCUCUCCAAAGGUUAUCGUCCUCAUGUUGGAGCAACUUUGAGCAUCCGUGACUUUUAGCUUUUGAGCGCCAUGGUUUACUGACAUCCCUUCACACUCUGAAUCCUCUCCCUUGCCAUGUCGCUGCCAAAUGGCUACUCCAUCAACUCGCCGCCUUCUGAGAGCGGCGAGGACGAGGAGCCCUUAAUCAAGAAUAACCCGGUUGUCCAGUUGUCCAGUCCAGUUCCUCCUCAGUGUUGCUCCGCCCGCCUCAACCUCGCCAUCCUCAUGUUCCUCGGUUUCUCCGUCGUCUAUGGCCUGCGCGUCAAUCUCAGCGUAGCCAUGGUUGCCAUGGUAAACACCACCGAUCCCGACGCGACCAAGAACAGCUCCGUCAUCCAUGCCUGUCCACUGCCAUCAGGGGCCGAGAACGGCAGCCAGACGUUCCAGCAGCCAGCAGGGAUCCCUCAGUACCCCUGGGACUCAGAGACUCAGGGCUGGCUGCUAGGGGCUUUCUUCUUCGGCUAUCUGUGCACCCAGAUUCCUGGGGGCUACCUGGCUGGCCACUAUGGGGGGAGUAUCUUUCUUGGUUUGGGUGUACUGGGCACAGCUGUCCUCACCCUCUUCACCCCUCUGGCUGCUAAGUGGGGGUCCUACUGGCUGUUUGCGCUUCGAGCGUUGGAGGGCUUCGGCGAGGGCGUGACAUUCCCAGCUAUGAUGGCAAUGUGGGCCCGCUGGGCUCCCCCUCUUGAACGCUCCCGCCUCACGACCCUAUCCGGAUCCGGAUCCAGCUUUGGGGCCUUUUUGGCUCUGCCACUGACAGGUUACAUCUGCGAACAGCUGGGCUGGCCUGCUGUUUUCUACAUCUGCGGGGGGGCGGGUUGCUUCUGGGCCGUCCUGUGGUUUGCGUUCGUGUCAGAUGACCCUCGUACUCAUCGCCGAAUCAGCGAUGAAGAAAGAGAUUACAUUAUAAACUCUAUCGGGCCUCAGGGUACAGGUCACGGCUGGACUCUGCCCCUCCUGUCCAUGAUGCUGUCUGUCCCCCUGUGGGCCAUCAUCCUCACACAGAUGAGCGCCAACUGGGCCUUCUACACCCUGCUGACCUCCUUGCCCACCUACAUGAGCGACAUCCUGCACUUUGACCUACAGUCGAACGGUUUCCUGUCGGCGCUGCCUUACCUCGGCAGCCUGGUGGUCUCCUUGCUGUCGGCGGUUGCAGCGGACAUCCUCAUCGAGAGGAAGGUCUUUAGUGUCACCAUCGUUCGCAAGAUCUUCACCGUCACAGGUCUGGUCCUGCCUGCAGUUUUCCUCGUGGCUGUCAACUAUGCCGGUUGUGACCACAUCCUCACGGUCACCUUCUUCACGCUCUCCUCUUCCCUAGGAGGGACCAGCGCCCCUGGAGUCUACAUCAACCAAAUAGACAUAGCUCCUCGGUACGCAGGAUUUCUUCUGGGAAUUACAAACACGUUCGGGACAAUUCCAGGUGUCUUGGCGCCGAUUGUGACAGGAUACUUUACUGAAGAUCACUCUCUGGCGGGCUGGAGGAAAGUCUUCUGGGUCGCUGCAGGGAUCAAUCUCGGCGGCGCCAUCAUUUACUUGCUCCUGGGCACAGCGGAUAUCCAGCCGUGGGCCAACCCGGACGAGGAGGGUGUGCGACAGCAGAAAAGGAGGGGGGAGUCCAUCUCCUGAUAAAAGUUCAAACCACAGAGUGUCUUGCUCAAACAGAAAGCUCUACCUCCAUGUCUUUAUCCAUCGAGGACUGUGUUGAUCUGGCACUGAUCAUUAGGAUUCAACAGGAACAUUUCUAUUCUGGUAAACAAAACUUUGACAUUUUUGUAUUUUUUUCAGUGUUUUUUUUUUCUAUAAUUUUCCAAAUUGAUACCAUUUUAUAAUAAUCUGAGAAAACAUUUGGCAACACCAGUUCAUCACCUCUAAUACAAGCUGCAACACUAAAAAACAACAGAUUAGCAUCAUCCACAUCACCUCUAAAUGUAUUAAAUCUCUUUUCUGUGAACUGAAAGAUCCUGUGUUGAUGUUGGAGAGACAAAUUCAGAGAAAUAUUGUGGAACAAAAUUGAGUAUUAGAGCCAAUCUAAGGAAAACCAAAUACUUUAAGGGUUUUGGGGGGGAAAAUGAGUUAAAAUUAGCAAAUUUUAAGGGGAAAAAAGCUGAAACUUGUUUUUUAGUCUUUGUGUAGUGAUGCACAUGUCUGCAUGGCAUGAGCACUAAAAUGAGCCAACCCUUUAACUAAUGGAUUUAUGAAAUGUAUCUUCGUAUUUAUAGCAAAACACAUGCACUGCUGUUUCAGCUCCUGCAUGCAUACAGGUUGGUUAGGUUGGUUUCUCCCUCCAAACACUUUAACUCUUCAUUUUCAAAGCAUCUUAUUUUGAAAGAACCAAAUUAUAAAAUAUCCUCUGGACAUAAUGUCAUGUCAUAAUAUGUGUCUUAGAUUUUUUUCUUUUCCAUAACAGCUCUAAGGGAACUUUUCCGUUUUUUAUGACAACCUGUGAGAUUUGUACUGUUUAUUAUGCAGUUUCUCAGGUGAAACCAAAGCAACCAAAGUGCAAUUUUACUUCUUUGUUUUGUGUUUUUUUUAGAACACAAAUGCUAAAACUUAGUAUUUUUACAGGUAAAUUAUUUAAUUCAGAUAGACUGUAUUAAACCCGUGAUGGAAACUUUAGACUGUAAGUAUCUACUUUGUUUACAAAUAGUUGUUUCAGACCUUCUUGAUAAUGUUGUUUAAGACCAAAAGAUGCACUUAUGGCUUCUGCAAAUGAACCAAAUGCCUUAUACUUGAUGAGAAUGGUGUUACUUAAUGCACUUUCCCCCUCUGGUAAUUUUGACUUUUUAAUUCAAAGUGACUUUUUUCAAAACAAAUUUGUGAUGUUUCUAAUGUAUGAUUGCACUGGAAAGUCAUUACGUGGCCUUUACUGAACUUUUGUUUUUGUAAAAUGUAGGAGAUCUAAUCUCUGAACACUUGUUCGAUCACAUUGUGAUUUUAUUAAAACAAAAUAUCCAAUCAA